AUGGCGGAGAGCCUCUUCGCCUCCGCUGACAUGGCGGCCAGCGGAGCUCGACGCGUCGUCUCCUCUUUCCUCUCUUAUCUCGCCAAUUCCUACCCUUCCCCGCGCGACUUCUCCCCCUUCCCCGCCUUCCGCGCCGUCUCCGCCCUCCUUUCCCCGCUCCUCUCCCCGCUCUUCUCCCUCUUCCCGUCCCUCCCUCCGUCCCUUGCGCAUCCCAUCUCCUCACUCUCUCACGCCCUCACCACACGCGUCCUCCCCUCACGCCUCCUCCCAAUCACCAACUACCUCCUCUCUCCCCCCUUCCUCUACACCUUCCUCCUCACAUCCCUCUACGCUCUCCUCCUCUUCUUCCUCGUCCGCCUCAUAACCUCCCCCGCGCGCCGCCUGCGCCACAUCCCCGGCCCACCCUCCCGCUUCCUAGUGGGCAACAUCCCAGACAUAGCCACCCGGGAGUUCCACAUAUGCCACAUGGAAUGGGCGCGGCAGUACGGCGCGAUCUACAAGUACAUGAUGGGCCCGCAUCCCAUGGUGAUUGUCUCCUCGCCCGAGCUCGCACGGGAGGUGUGCGAGCGGCACUUCGACGCGUUCCACGACCGGUUUGAGCUGACCCCGAAUGAGUUUACGGCAGACAAGAUUAUCUUUGGCAAGGGCAACUACUGGCGCCGCGUGCGCGCCGCUGUGGUGCCGCUGUUCCACUCGUCGCGCCUCGCGAGCUACUCGCCGCUCAUGAACGAGUGCAUGGACGACCUACUCCGUGAGUCAUUCCUCAUCAUGUUGUGCCGUUCAUUCUUCAUUCCGAGCUGCGCUCCCAUUUCUCUUCAGUUCCGCUCACCUCUCCUGCUCUCCUUCGCCCUCAUCCCCGUCCGCUCCCCAAAUCCCCGCUUUUCCCUUCCCCGGCACACCAGCAAAGCGCCAUGGUCGGCCCCGGUGCAGCUGUUCCACCUCCCUCUGGGCAUCCUCGUGCGCCGUUUUCUCGAGUGCAUUCCCGGGGCGCAAGCAGCAGAAGCAGCAGCGGCAGUGGUGGUGGAGGGGGGGGCGGAGAAGGAGAAGGAGAAGCCGGACUUCAUAUCAUGGCUGUCGAACAAGACUUGCUUGGACGACGGGUCGAAGCUGACCCUGAAGCAGGUGCAGGCGGUGGCCAUGGAGAUGGUUCUCGCUGGCUCCGAGACUGCUGCCACGACUAUGGGAUUCAUUGUUUACUACGUUGCCAAGAACCCCCAGGUGGAAGCACUGCUGCUGAAGGAGGUGGACUCGACCAUUCCAGACAAGCGCCCAAGCUACGAGGACCUGCAUCUCUUCCCCUACACCGACGCCGUCGUCAAGGAGACCCUUCGCAUCGUGCCACCCGCGCCCAACAUCGCGCGCCAGGCCACCUUCGACACCACUCUCGACGGCCGAGCCAUUCCCAAGGGCACACGCUUCUUUGUCGAUGCCUACAGCAUCCACCACGACCCGAAGCUAUUCGCCGAGCCUGACGCGUUCAAGCCGGAGAGGUUCCUCCCGGGCGGCGAGGCUCUUGGGGAGAAUCGCCCGCCGUGUGCGUAUAUCCCGUUUGGUGCCGGGCCAAGGAAGUGCCUGGGGUAUAAGCUGGCGAUUCAGCAGCUAAUGAUUGGCGUGGUGCGGAUUUACCGGCGCUUUGUGUUCCGUCUUUCUGAGAAGCAGAUGCGCGAGGAGGUUCCGAACCUGAGGCUCGGCGUUUCCAUGGCUGCUGUGGACGGGAUUCAAGUGAAGGUGUUUAGGAGGGCUUGA